UAAUCAUAAACACUGUUUUGUUAAUUAAUAACAGGUUACUGAAAUUCAAUGAGCAUGUUGCCCUUUAGGAACACAUUUGUCGUAAAUAUUGUGAACUGAAUUACGAAGAGACUUUUCAAGAAAUGUUUUCCCAUAGGACACAAUUUAAAUUUAAAGAAAAAAGUAUUUCGAUCCGUAAUCAUUAAAAGAACAAAUAACGUUAAUCAAAUAAAGAAAUGAAUCCCAACAACACCAUAAUGGAAAGUACUCCAACACGUUUUUACAUGGAGGAAAAUUACACAUUCAAAAUACACUCGAAGAAAUGUACUGACUCCAAGUCCGACUAUUUCCGCAUUAAAUAUAAUUAUAGCUCACCACAAUUUUUAGCGAUUAACUUUAUAUUGCAUUUUAUAUUGCUUUUUGAUAUGUCUAGGUUGUUCUCUUUUCUUCAUUGUGUUGUUACUGUGUGUAAUGCUGCUGCUACACUGCAGUUUCCCAGCUUGGGAUCAAUAAAGUAUAUCUAUCUAUCUAUCUAUCUAUGUCACGUUUACCAAUUACGUCUGUCGGAAUUACGAGUUUACCAGGAGGUCGUGAAGUGCUCCUAUGUCUGCGCUCUGAGGUACCUCACUGUGGGGAGUGUGUGUGUGUGUGUGUGUGUGUGUGUGUGUGUGUGUGUGUGUGUGUGUGUGUGUGUGUGUACAGUAUGUGGGAGGGGAAAACGCCGCCGAGCAGAACUCCUCUGUCAUGAAGGACAGGUCGGACCGGCAGCAGGCCUGAACUCCACAUCUGUCCCCCCGGCGGACGGUCGCGAUGGAUUUCGUGCUGAGCGGAGCUGCUGCGUGCGGAGCCUGUCUGUUCACCAACCCGCUGGAGGUCGUCAAAACCCGAAUGCAGCUUCAGGGAGAGCUCCAGAGCCGGGGCAGCUACCAGGUUUACUAUCGCAACGUGUUCCACGCUUUUUACACCAUCGGUAAGGUGGACGGACUGGCCGGCUUACAGAAAGGACUGGCGCCCGGGCUGGUUUAUCAGUUCUUUAUGAAUGGAGUCCGGCUCGGCUCGUACGCCAUCAUUGAGUCCUCCGGAUACAUCCACACGAACGGAAGGGUCAGCGCGGCCAAAACCACGUUAGCAGGGGCUGUGGCUGGAGUGGUGGGUGCUGUGAUGGGCAGUCCCGUGUACUUGGUUAAGACCCACCUCCAGAGUCAGUCCACCUCCUCUAUAGCAGUUGGACAUCAGUAUAAACACCAGGGGAUGAUCCACGCUCUGGCAGCCAUCUACAGGGAGCAUGGCAUUCUGGGACUGUGGAGGGGAUCUAGUGCUGCUGUACCCAGAGUCAGCGUGGGGUCAGCCGCACAACUCUCCACUUUCUCCUCCUCCAAGGAGCUUGUGAUUGACCUUGAGGUGUUCCCAAAGGACAGCUGGUUGGUGGCCUUGACUGCCGGCAUGAUCAGCAGUGUGGUGGUGGUGCUUGCUAUGACACCUUUUGAUGUAGUGAGCACACGGCUCUACAACCAGCCUGUGGAUCAUUUGGGCAAGGGACAGCUUUAUAAAGGAUUUGCGGACUGCUUUUCUAAGACACUGAGGAAGGAGGGCUUGAUGGGACUCUACAAAGGCUUGGGAGCUUCUUAUUUCCGUCUCGGGCCACACACCAUUCUGUCUUUGUUCUUCUGGGAUGAACUGCGCAAACUGUACCAGCAGUUCAGAUAACAGCAGGGACAAGGAAUUUGGAAAAUGGGUAACUCAUUAAGCUCUGAGUGCACAGGUUAAAUGAGUCCUCUUUAAUGAGUGUAUUAUUGUGAGGGGAGAGAAAAACCAGGAUAUGCUUUACUUUUUUAAAGGAAGGAGAGAGAGCAAAGGUUAAUGUUUUACACUCCAAUAAGAAAACACAUUAGUACAGUCAAAAUUAAUCAGGAAGCAGGGGGGAAUCUCACAACUGCUGUCAGGAACUGGGCAUCCGACAGAUAUGCACUUGGAUUUGUCUUGGUGCCAUAUGUGCAGAGAUAUGAUGAUAACCUACAUAGAAACGUAUAAUGUGCCCUCCUGGGCAAAUAUCAUGGCUCUUUUAUAGCUCUUAAACUCUUCAGUUAUGCCAUUCCAAAAGAUAUAAAAGAAAUAACACAGGACACAACUCACGCCUUCUGGAGAAAGCGUCAAAACAGGCCACAGUUUGAGAAAAAAAAAGAUUGUGCCAACUGACCAGGCAGAUGUUAAAUACACCAGUUCAGACAAUUACUUGAGUUUACUUUGUAUUAGGGGCCAGAUGUAUAAAGCGAAACAAGAACAGCAUCUUCUUUCUGAGAUGAUCUGGUACAGCCAAUUUCAUCUUUCAUCUGCUGUUUUGUGAACACAGGUAAUAGUAUAAACUGUGAACUCAAUGGGAAGCAUACUGCAUGAUUACUUGUUGAAACAAAGAUAAAAGUAAACGCUAGUCAUCUCAGGCAUCAGAACUGAUGAAAGUGUGCCAGUCAUGCAAAUGACCUUCCCUGUAUUGGCAGGAGUGUAAUAUAGCAGAAAGCAGAAUUUCCUGUAAGUGUUGUUGAAUCAAAAAGAACCUGCUGAUCCACUGGUGACCCAGCGAGAACAAACCUGGUUGUGGAUAAGAUGAGUUUUCUAAUUUUAAAUGGAAAAAAGGAAAAAUGUAAUGUAUUGUAAAGGAGUUCAAGGCAGCUCUUGGACAAAGGCUUCCGUUCACGAAGGACAAAAUCUGUUAAAGCUGAGAAUCCUUCAAAGGUUUCAUCUUUAGUGUCCACAACAGAGAAAGGAAAUUCUGACCUUAGGGCAUAGUUUAGACCUCAUGCAGCUUGUCUAGUGAAACUGCUAAAAGGGGACAUGAAAGUGAAUACAAUAUUAAGAAAUUAUUGCCAUGUACACUUUGAGGAAGUUGUGAUAGUCAGCAAAAUGAGCAAUUAGAAAAAGCAACACGUACCUGUUUAUACAGUUUCAUUGAUGACAUUUAUAGUUUGUAACUUUUGAACCAGAGACCUGCGUACUGACAUGUACAAACACAAUUUAGUGCAUCUUCAUUGUCCAAAUUGUGUACAUGUUUAUUUUUACAUAAACCUACAAUUGUUACUGAAUACACUGAUGUGUAUGUAUAUAUAUAUAUGACUAAUGUCAUAUAGCUUUCACUAUAACCUGAGCUAAUUGCCAUUGCUUCUGCCUAGAGGGGCUUUUCUAAAAAAUACAGAAUACACAAUGCAAUAAAAAUACACAAUGACACUGGAUAUUGUUAGUAAAAGUGGAUAAGGGAAGAGCUGAUCACCUUAUCACUCCUCAAAAACUGAUACAACUCACUCACUUUGAGUAGCAGAGGCAGAAACACAGGUUUCACUGUGUCUCUGAGCACUUUUAGGAGACUAGUUGUACCUUAUAAGUAUGUUGAAAAUUGUCAAAUGUAAUGACAUUUUCACCAGAACAUCUCUUUUGUGUGACUGGUGGUUAACUUAUUACUGCAAACAUGUCUGUUUCUAUUAUAUAUUACAACUGAAUGACGGUUAAAACUAUUUUAAGUAAAAAAAACUAAAUUGGUUCGACUUUAAGUUCACAUAUCAUUGUCUGUUUGCUACGUGGCUUCAUAUUCACUGUUUCCUCUCGCCUCUGUGAUUAUGAAGUUGUAUGAUUCAUCAUUUGCGUUUCAUAACACUGUAAGACCUUUAUACAGAGCAGCUUGUCUGUCUCUCUAAGAGCAUGCAGUUUGUGUUUCAAAAAUGUGCUUCCUAUCCUACAAAUGUAUUAAUAAUUAAAUCCUUGAAUAAUUGUGACCUUUAGUAUAUUGAGACCAUCCUGACCUUACAAAGAUCACUUUUCGGUGUUGCCACAUCAUCUUUCAACGAUUCAGUUCAGAGUCAACAAAAAACAUUUUUUUAAUCUUAGCUGCUAAAAUAACAUUGUGAUACGAAAAGCUAGUGACCAAAUGGUGUGCCUUAAUCAUCCAUCCAGAAUAAAAUAGAAAUAAAAUAGUUACUGAAGAGAGGUUUGGAGUUUUAAUCAAGUAUUAUAUAAUAAUUAUUAUAUACUAAUACGUUAAAGUGAUACGUUUUUUGUGUGUUACUUUUGUAUUCUUAAUUGAUAUUAAAAUAUUGUAUCAAAUUAAUACUGUAUUAAUAUUGUAGCUGUAAUGACAUAACUAUUUUAACUAUAUAUGACAACUGUGCCAACAGUCACAAAUAUUUAUUUUCUAACAAUGACAGUAGUUUAUUUACACACACUUUAACCCAUCAUAUUUCAGUGUGGUUUUUUUGUUUGAAAAGUACUUCAGUUUAAGACAGAAGAGCUUUUUGUCAAAUACUUAAAUGAACAAAAUGAAGUAUUUAAGUAGUGAUGUAAAUGGCAUCCAGCAGGUUAUUCACUUUUCUUCUUUGGGUUUGGUUUGGGGGCAGAAUAGUUAGCAUUAACACCAUGCUUGACAGCAUAAUGCAAUGUUAUGUUCUCCAGGUCAUUAUGAGCCUAUGAUACGUGUUAGUCCACUGACUCCAACAGUGUCGUUAUCAUAAGUGGACCAGUGUGCGGUAGACUGUACAGGUUAGCCCAACAGUCCCAUUACCAUGAAAUGGAUGCUGUUGGCAACAGUUUUAAGUCUAAAGUGAUACAGAACUCCUCCUGUGAGCCAGAUUUGGUGCUUUCUUCAUAAAGUGCACAAUCCUCUGAAGUGUCAAGAGUUUAUUAAUACAUUAUUAUUAGUGAUUCCAAUAAUGACUGAACAGCUGUCAACACUAGAGCUCUAAGAACUGUACUGUCACUUUAAGACCACUUAUUUGUCCUCUUAACUUACCUAAUACAACACGAGAGACAAAUGUUACUCUUCUUCUGUCUUCUCUGUAAUGACGCUCAUUAUACAACUAUAAACAAUGUAUGUAGUUUAUUAUAUAGUGUUCUUAAUGGCCCAGUGUGUAACAUUUAGGAAGAUCUACUGGCACGAAUUGAAUAUAGUAUUCUGAGGUAAUCUACCUACCUAUGUACUACCUAAUAUAGGAAUCGUUAAUUUAUGGUUUUGUUAACUUAGCCAUUUUUAUCAACAGAUACCUCGUUGCUUUUCAUAGAGGCUGCCAUGUUGAACCGCAUUGUUCUACAUUAGCCAGAAGGGACAAACCAAACACUGACUCUAGAUAGGUGCUUUUGCGUUUCCCAUGCAUUCUCCUUUGCACGUGGAAGAGGAGGGUGAAGUGACGGAGUUGCGAUCUGCAACUACACAUCUACAUACAACUACAUACCACUAAAUCCUACACACUGUUCCUUUUAAGGCUGUUUAAUGAACGUUUUCUUGAUUUAUCUUGAAUGGUCAAAAUAAUCCAUAGCGAUAUGUUUCAUACUCUGACAAAACAAUUAUGAUAAUUAGGGUUUCACAUCUGACCAGAGAUGAUUACUGUCAAUCAAACCUUGUGCCAUCUGGUGUCUCAGACACCAAACUAAUCUGCACGAUUACUCCUUAAAACAAAAAUCAAAUGAGAAACCAAACUGUGUGAACAAUUACUUUUAUAGAAAGAUCCUUCAAUCAGAUUUUAUUCAUUGAAGAACAUAACACCUGAUUCUAAACAUGGUAGGCAUUGCCAUCCACUACAUGAACCAUGCCAUUAUGAUAAAGUUGUUUUGUUGUGUCAUUGUGUUAUAAAUGGUACAGCAGUCUACAAUGACUACAAACUAAGAAGUUACUGGUUAGUUAACGAUAAAAAAUUCUAAAAUUGUAAAAACAAAAAAAAAAAAAAGAGGUUGGAGAGGUACUGAUGAUGAUGUCAAAUACAUUCAAUAAUGCUAAAUGUAGAUUAGAUAGUUUUUUGUUUGGAAAUAAAUCAUUUGCAGACGGUUGCAAUAUAAGGUUCCUGAUGAUUUGUGUAUCAGGAAAGCUGAUGACAGGUGUUAUAGAGUUGAGAUAUUUAUGAAUGUAACAUGCAGCAGCUUGGCAUGUUUCACAAACUGCACUUCCUGUUAUGGGCAGCCAGUUUUUCUGUGCAAUGGACUUGGAAAUGGAAAAUAAAAUAUCAGACUUUUUAUUAUCAAA